CGCCAUCGUGGUUGUUAUAAAUACGAGGUCCACACACAGCUUCCGGUCAUUCCUGCCGUUGUACACACCGCACCAGGCCGUCUCCACACGGCCAUUUCGCGCCGCCCUCACACUGCCCCCAGUUGGUGGGGAGAAGGGAAAGCGCGCCACGUCUCCACGCCGCCAUGUUAGGUCCACACACAGCUUCCGGUCACUACUGCCGUUGUACACACCGCACCGCACCAUCUCCAUGCUGCCAUCAUGGUGGUUAUAAAUACGAGGUCCACACACAGCUUCCGGUCAUUCCUGCCGUUGUACACACCGCACCGCGCCGUGUCCACACGGCCAUUCCGCGCCGUCCUCACACUGCCCUCACUUGGCGGGGAGAAGGGAAAGCGCGCCGCGUCUCCCGCUCCCGGAGCUGCAGGGCUCCCGAGCGGCUCGCGCACGUCCGUUCCCUCGUCAGCCUCCGCAACGCCCCGGACUGGCGCCCGGGCAGGGCCUGCGGCGCGGCGCCUCCCUCCGCCAUGGCUGCCCUCCGGAAGAAGCUGGUGGUGGUGGGAGCCGGCGCCUGCGGCAAGACGAGCCUGCUGGUGGUGUUCAGCCGCGACCACUUCCCGGAGGAGUACGUGCCCACGGUGUUCGAGAACUACGUGGCCGACGUGGAGGUGGACGGCCGGCGGGUGGAGCUGGCGCUGUGGGACACGGCCGGCCAGGAGGAGCACGACCGCCUGCGGCCGCUGUCCUACCCGGACACCGACGUCGUGCUCCUGUGCUUCGCCAUCAGCAGCCCGGACAGCCUGGAGAACGUGCCGGCCAAGUGGGCCCCGGAGGUCCGGCACUUCUGCCCCGGCGUGCUCGUCCUGGUGGGGAACAAGAAGGACCUGCGGAACGACGCGGGCACCAGGCGGGCGCUGGCGGCCUGGAAGCAGGAGCCCGUGCGGCCUGAGGCAGGCAGGGACGUGGCCAGCAGGAUUGGCGCCUUCGGCUACCUGGAGUGUUCGGCGAAGACCAAAGAGGGCGUGAGGGAGGUGUUUGAGAUGGCCACGAGGGCUGCUCUGCACGCCAGACGCGGCAAGAAGAGUGGUUUACCAAAGACUGCAAACCGGAAGUCACCUUGCUACAGCGUUUAGAAGUCAACCAUGGUCAAUGAUAUCCAACUCGGCCACCACCACCAUCCCCCCCCCGCCACUGCCCUGUACCCUAACCCUGCCUGACACAGCAGGUGCUGUGAAUUUCUUCACUUCUUUCUUGAAAGAGAAAGCAGGUGUCUCUUGUGAAUCAGGUUGGAACUACUUUAAAACCAGCAUCCCACCUGGCAGCUGCAGGGUACUCUGAUGCGUUACCACUGCGGAGCUUUGCUCCUUAGCAGAUCUCAUUGGUGUACCUCUGGGUAUCCAGUUUGUUUCAAAAAAAAAAAAAGGGGGGGGGGGAGUGGGGACUCAACCAGCAAGACCCAAGUCCAUGCGGCUGUGGCAGAGUUACAGCUCUGUGGUUUCAGGUUUGUUACCUUAUGGUUCCUGUGUAAUUAGUGCCACUUAAUGUAUGUUACCAAAAGUAAAUAUAUCUACCCCAGGCUAAA